ACUCCAGGGGAGACUCCAGUGGAGGGGAGACCCCAGACAGAGCCCCACUGGCCGGGCCAUGUCGGGGAAGCGGAAGCGUGUGGUGCUGACCAUCAAGGACAAGCUGGACAUCAUCAAGAAGCUGGAGGACGGCGGGUCCUCCAAGCAGCUAGCGGUCGUCUACGGCAUCGGGGAGACCACGGUGCGUGACAUCCGCAAGAACAAGGAGAAGCUCAUCACCUACGCCAGCAGCUCGGACUCCAGCAGCCUGCUGGCCAAGAGGAAGUCCAUGAAGCCGUCCAUGUACGAGGAGCUCGACCGCGCCAUGCUCGAGUGGUUCAACCAGCAGCGCGCCCGAGGCCGCCCCGUGUCCGGCCCGCUGUGUGCCCGGCGCGCCGAGUUCUUCUUCUACGCCCUGGGCAUGGACGGCGACUUCAACCCCUCGGCCGGCUGGCUCACCCGCUUCAAGCAGCGCCACAGCAUCUGUGACCUCAGUGCCCGGGGCGGGCAGCGGCCCCGCGUGGACAGCGCGGCCCUGGGUGCCUUCUGCGCGCACCUGCGCGACUUCCUGGCCCGCGAGAACCUGCAGCCCGAGCAGGUGUACAACGCCGACGAGACCGGGCUGUUCUGGAGGUGCCCGCCCAGGGCCAGAGCUGGGCCCCCGGGGGACAGGGUCACCGUGCUGUGCUGUGCCAACGCCACCGGGCUGCACAAGCUCAGGCUGUGCGUGGUGGGCAGGGCCCACAGGCCUCGAGCCUUCCAGGCCGCCGACACCGCCAACCUGCCCGUGUCCUACUUCAGCCAGAAGGGCGCCUGGAUGGACCUCUCCAUCUUCCGCCAGUGGUUCGACAAGAUCUUCGUGCCCCAGGUGCGCGAGCACCUGAGGGCCAGGGGCCUGCAGGAGAAGGCUGUGCUCCUGCUGGACAACUCCCCGGCGCACCCCAACGAGAACGUCCUGCGCUCUGACGAUGGCCAGAUAUUCGCCAAGUACUUGCCCCCUAGCGUGGCCGCCCUGGCCCAGCCUUCGGGCCAGGGGGUCAUGGCCGCCGUGAAGAGGAACUACCGCACGGGGCUGCUCCGGAGCAACUUGGAAGAAGGCAACGACCUCAAGUCCUUCUGGAAGAAGCUGACCCUGCUGGAUGCCCUGUACGAGCUGGCUGUGGCCUGGAGCGCAGUCAAGCCAGCCACCAUCAGCAGAGCCUGGAAGAAGAUCCUGCCUGCCCCAGAGGGGAGGGAAGGCUCGGACCCGGGUGUGGACGAGACGCCAGGGGCCGCUGCCCUGGUCACCAUUUUGCAGCACACCAAAGGGCUGGAGCACAUGCCGGCCGAGAGCAUUGAGAAGUGGCUGGAGGUGGACAGCACAGAGCCCGGCUAUGAAGUGUUGACGGACAGUGAUAUCAUCCGCCGGGCGCAAGGCCAGACCGAUGAGUCCAGUGAGAACGAGGAGGACGAUGCGGAGCUGAUCCCAGAAAGGCCCGUAGACCACGCGGCUGCCCUGCAGUGGACUGAGCGCUUGCUGGAGUACCUGGAGCAGCAGGGCGACAUGGUGCUGCCCGACAGACUGGUGAUUCGCAAGCUUCGGGCCACCAUCCGUAACAAGCAGAAGAUGGUAGAUGCCCGUCCCUAGUGGCGUCUCCGGCUCCUCGGAACACUUUUCUCUCUUUGUAUCAGGCCUUUUGUGUUGUCUUUCUUUGGGAUUCUCAGACAGGGCAGGUAGGGACACAUCUGAAGGGUCUCGGGUGCUGUGUGUGUAGCACCGCACCUGUUGCUGGCCCUUUCUCUGCGCAGAGGGUCAGGCGCAGAUUCUGGGCAGCUCCAGGCCACGUGGAUGGAUCACGUGGAUGGAUAGGUGCCUUCACUCCUGCAGGCCGCAACUCUCCCUUCCCCGAGCUUCUAGCACAAGUUAUAGGUAAAAUAGCGAGUAGACUGAGCACUCACACCCCUCAAGUCUUCAUUUUUCUCAUUUGUGUGGACUGCCACAGUGAUCUUUUCUAGAGCUAGCCAUCUGAAAUGGUUAACAGCUUUGCAUCCCCAUGUGCACUGGUGAUGUAAGAAAUAGCUUUAUUUUUAAUUUUCAGGGAGAUCUACAGUUGUCAAGUCCAGGAGUGAGGAAACUAUGAAUUAUAAAAAUAACUUAGGAAACAAACUUCUGUUCUCUUAACACAGGUGGGAGUUGGCAAGAGUGGGGGAGAAUGUUUUGGGAAAGAAGUCUUAAGAAGUGAUUCCCAAAUCUGUGAGGAAACUGUUGGGAAACUGAUAUUCAAAGAUAUUCUAGAUCUUUUCAUCUGUAGAAAGUGUGUGUGUGUGUGUGUGUGUGUGUGUGUAAGUUUUGGGGGGGAUUUAGGUUAUUUAUAGGGAGGGAAUACAUGACUUUGUCUUCAUUGGUUCUCUUUGCUAUGAGUGUGACUUGACGGCAGCAGUGGCCAUUCACCAGGCAGUCCUGCAGGUUCCUGCUGUUGGCUGUGGUGGUGGGAGCCACCAUAUUGCAGGUGUGGUGGGGACAUCCUGGGGAUUUGAAAGCUAUUAUUUUUCUUACCGUGUACCUAAAAAAAAAUGCCUAGAAUUCAAAAAAGCUUGUCAUACCUCCCUCUUUUAUUUGAUAAAAAUUGACAAAUAAAGUAUUAUUUUAAAUAAGUCA